UGCAAUUUUGAACUGACAAAAAAGCUCAUUAGACCUUGGCUAGGCCCAGACUUUGGGCCAGUCUACCAGACUCCCUCCCAGUCGAGUCAGGAGCUAGACCUUACCUUGGCUUGCCAUUUUCAUAACGUUACCUGCUCGCUGUUCCUUCCUCCAUGCUGCCUACGCGACUUGUGGCAGCAUGCAUCUGGCCAGAGCGACGAAAACAACCCAAGAUUAGAACAAAGCUUUAUGGAUGAUACCAAAGGGAUCAAAUCAGAUGUCGCUGACGCUGCAAUGUCAGCCAAUCAAGAUGAGAGAGAUGGGACACAGGAAGAGGUUUCCACAACCUCUGGGACUGUCCCUGUGUCGAAGAACCAGAUGAAGAAGAUGAUGAAGAACGCCGAAUGGAGAGAGAGGAGAACGGCCAAGAGGCUGAAGGAACGGGAGAAGAGAAAGCUGAAGAAGAUCCAGGAGCGAGAAGGAAUGCCGGAGGCCCUGGAUGAUGGGCAAGUCCGCAUCAAGAGACGACGGAUGAACGACCCAGAGGCUAGCGAAAUCCGGGUAGCCAUUGACUGCACCUAUGACCACCUCAUGAAUGACUUGGAGAUCAAGAAGCUGUGUAAGCAGGUGCAGCGAUGCUACGCCGAGAAUCGCAGCCUCACCAACAAGCCGCUGCAGCUGUACAUCUGCGGCUUGGUGGGGCGAUUCCAGCAGAUCAGCGAUCAGGUCAUCACUGGCUACAAAAGCUGGGAUGUUCACUGGAAGACGGAUGGACCUGAGGCAGCAUUCGGCAGGGACAACAUCGUGUACCUGACGUCGGAGUCACCCAAUCUGCUGACAGAACUGCAGACAGACAAGGUGUACGUCAUUGGCGGUCUGGUCGACCACAAUCACUACAAGGGCCACUGCUUUGCACUUGCUCAGGAAAAUGGCUGGUCACAUGCCCAGCUGCCCAUCAGCGACUACAUAAUGCUCAGAGACCGAAAAGUGCUCGCCAUAAAUCACGUCUACGAGAUACUACUUGCCUUCAUCAAAACCAAGGACUGGAAGGAGGCGUUCUUGAAGGUCUUGCCCCAGAGGAAAGUGGCUGCCGUGAAGGAGUCGGCAGAGGUCAAAGGUGGAAGUUCACAUGGUGCCAAGAACCCAGACAAGGUUGAUUUAGCAGCAGACGAGGCAACAGACAAAGACAGUGUGAGCUAGCACAGGUAGAGUCUAAGUUUGGGGCGAUAGAGGAAUCAGAUGGUGCUUUUUCUGCAAUUUAGCAUCAGUUGUAGUUUAUGGGAAGGGUGGACGAUGAAUUUAUUUGACAUUGAAGUUGCGGUGGCGUGGGAAUGGGUCCGAUAGAGAUCUAGGUGGGCUCCAAAUUGAACAUGACCUUGAGCCUCUCGACUGUGAUGCUUUAAUUUUGGGGAAAAAAACACUGGCAGUGGAAUAAGUUAGGAUUUUUUCUCUUUUGAGGGGCCCAGUUUGGGACGAACUGAAUUGUAUUUGUCAAAACCAGUACAUUAUUAUGAAUGAAUUUGAAAAAUCAAGAAAAACAGAAGAUUUGGACGCCCAGGGGCGUGGUUUGGCGACCCCAGCCAUGAACUGGUUUCAGCUCUGGUGUCACUGGUAAAGCGUCGCGAUUUGGUCAUGCCUCUUCCUGUUCCGACCGAGUGAGAACCGAAGGUUGGAAUUGAUUCAGCACCGGUUCAAAAUGGCGGAAAAUAAACGGACAAUUUUUGUCGCCCCUCGAUAUAAGUAAAUUAUUUAUACGUUUUGACAUCACAAACUUGUUCCUGGUUAGGGGUCGCCAAAACACGGCCCAGAACAUGCCCUUUGUACUCGCAUUUUGUUUCAUGCAAGACCUGGAUAUAUCCAAGUCAUGUGGUCAGUGGGGCUCCAAUCGUGUUUCAUUGACUUAUUCGGUACACGCAAUAGUGCAGCCAUCAGUACUGGUUAAAUAUACCAUGGGACUAGGUGCAAAGUAGGCACAGUCGUGGCCGAGCUGAGGAAUUACACGGCGACUUGCACAUGUAGAGGAUUUAUGCGGGCUUUGUAUACAGCAAAUAAUGAAUGUUUGACAUUUGUGAAGUGGAAAGAAUAUUUUCAUUAGGUG